UCUUGUCAUAAAAUAGAAAAAUUAGUAAGAAAAUAAUGGAAGAAAGCACAAAUUUUGAACUGAAAGAGAAAAUAGAUCUGAACGAGCUUCUUAGAAUCUGUAAACGGUCUAAUAAAGAGAUUGUUCAAAUAAUUCGCCAAAAUCCUGAUAAAAUCAAACUUGACAUGCUCAGAUUCAGACUUUUUAGAACAGAUUAUUGCAAGAUUAGAGAGGAACUUGCUUAUUAUCAAGUUCAUCAUCCCUCAAGCUUAGAUGAUUAUGUUGGAGACAAGGUCUAUCAAUUAAAAAGAAUCGACCACGACUGGAAUAAACACGUUAAAAUGAUCAUCACCCACGUUGACAAAAACCCAUCUAUCGACAUCACCACUCGUCCUCUCCACCAUAGCCUAAACACCCAAAGAAAUAUUCCACCCAAACCCAUCCCCAAAACCAAAAAGAAGAAGCCAAAGAAACCAGUGAAACCAAAGAAGCCCAAAAACCCCACUAAACCAGCCAAAAAAGCGCCAUCCUCAACCCCAAAUCCCCUCCCUUCCCCUAUCCAACUUCCUUACGAUCCCCACGAAGAGCAGUACAAUCCCAAACCUGUACAGAAGCCUGAAACCCAAGUGGCCCACGCUAAGAAGAAGAAGGAUGUGAAGUUUAACUGGGAGGAUGAAGAUGUCAGAAGAAGAGGGGAUUUUGAUAAGCGGGUUGGAGAGAUAUCUUCAUCUGAUACUCUUGACCUUAACUCAGCUGUUCAUCUUGAGCGUUCAUUUGAGCGUAUGAAGUCGCUUCGGUCUCAUAGCCUGAAGCAAAGGACUCAACAUGACAAAGAAACCUCCCUUCAGAAGACUAUAAGUCAAGAGGAUCAGUCGUUAAACACCAUACCCAUCGGUACUAACCAAGAAGAAACUCAGAACAAAGACAGCUCUCUAGAAAAACAGUCUUCAGAGAGAUCCAAAUCAGAGAGCGAAGAAGACCAAGAAAUCAAGCUAAAAAUUAGACGAAGAAUACAGUAAGACUCAGAGAAAGAGAGUUAAGGAAGAAGAGAAGCCACUGAAAUUGUAACUAGAGAGGAGUUUCAGCGAUUUUGAGAAUUUUAGUAAGACAAUUUAUGG